CCAAGACACGCCUUGAACCUGAGCUCGGAAAGGCAGGUCGAUGCCCAGCACUCGAUCUAUGUGAAGGGACAUCCGUUUCCCGGUCUUUCACGGUUAGGACAAUCAACAUGAUUGAAUGGAUCCAGUGGAGAACAGGGUCCGUCUCCCACAAAAACUUAUAGAUACAAAAGGGGGGACCCUGCAGACGAGGCCUGGUGCAGUCUUCUACUUCACGAUCUUGUACAUCUUCCAAUUGAACCUCUCCUCCUCUCUCUUCACCCCAAUUCCUCCCUCCACCAGUCUCAAACAUGAACCAAUCUUCCAACCGCACUCAAAUCCCCAUCUCCGGCUCCUUCCCCGUCGCCCUGAAAAUGGGCCACAGUCAAACCGCCGUCGAGGUCCUGCUCGCGCUCGGCUCCAACCCUGGUGACAACUAUAACAUCACCCUCGUGCAUACUUUCCAGGUGACCGGGCUCGGCGCGUUCUGUCUCCCGCAUGUGGAGUUUAGCGAUGAUAUUCUCGGUGUGAAUAUCACCGAUGGUCUGAACGCUACUCUGCAGGUGCAGAGCAAUGGUGAUCCCAGCGGUGGUCUCUACGCUUGCGCCGAUGUUCAAUUCUCCUCUAGCGUCACGUACUCCGAGCCCUCGUCCUGCACAAACAACACCAACGUCGUUGCAUCUGCAUUCUCCGGCGCUGCUGCUCAGCGUAACGCCAAUGAGUCUACGUCCACCGGUAGUGCUCAAAGCUCCAGCUCGUCCUCGUCCUCGUCCUCGUCAAACACUACUUCUACUACUUCCAAGGGUGCUGCCGUGCCGCUGCAGACUGCCGCGUGGGGGUUGCUCGGUGCGGCCUUUGCGGGUGGUAUGGCCGUGUUGUAGAGCAGAAGCCUGCCAGACUGAUAACGGGGAAAAGUUGCGUUCCAAAUUCGGGCGGAGUUGGGGAUUCAUGAUUUAAU